UUACCUUUUCUAUUGUUUCUCUUUCGGUUUAAAAACUCAAGAUGACAUCCACCACACAGCAAGUUAGUCCAGAAGUUUUGGAACAUUACUAUCUUAAACUAGAAAAGAAUGACAAAUUUCAUUGUUACCAGAAAAAUAAUAAAGACGCUUGCCAUGAGUUGGGCGAUUUCUAUGUGCGUAUGCGCAAGUUUGAAGAGGCCACUUCUGCCUAUAGCUUCAACUGUUAUGUGAACGAGUUUGGUCCAAGUUGUCGUAGGAUUGCAAUGAAGAUGAUGGACGAAGGUGUUCAGAACAAGAAAGAAUUAUUUAACGUCCUGAAAACAGCCUGCGAGGGCCCAAAUCCUUCUCUUGUUUCCUGUACAGACCUGGGACGCAUGUACGACAUACAAGUUUCGAAAGAAGUACGUGAAAAAAUCAACAUUUCCGAUAACUUACCGCGUGCAAUGCGGUACUACGAACGUGCCUGUGAUGGGGGUUGUGCUGCAGGAUGUACUCUAAUGGCAAAGCAUUUAUUAAAUAAAAAAGAAAUGGAUAGGUCAUUGGAAUUCAGCCAAAAAGCGUGCGAAUAUGGCAAUACCCGCUCAUGUUUUUUCUUGCAUGGAGUCUUCAGUGGAAAGAGCAACCUCAUGAAGAAUGUGCCCGUUGACUCAGAAAAGGCAGAAUAUUAUUACAGAAAAAGCGUGGCAGAUUCAAGAGUACUAAUUGAAGAAGAAAAAAAUAAUAUAAAAGCUUAAUGAAUGUGUGAAUGAGGCUGAACUUCUAAUUUUGUACUCCAUUAGGCAUGUAAAUUAAAUAUUUAAUUUCUUAUAGUUGCAAAUUUCUUAAUGUUUUUUGCACCACAGAUUAUUAAAUUAUAUGUAUUUUGGGAAAAAAACAUCUUAGCAUUUAUCAUAUACUUUUUGUGUGACUUAUAUGGUGUUCCCUGUUGCCAGAUAAGCUUGAAAUGGUUUCUAUAGUGUUGGAACUUUAAAUUUAAAACAUGUGCGUGGAAUUAUAUGCACUAAAAAGAAACUUGUUCACAUUUAAAAUAAAAAUUAACGAUAAUGUUUGGAUAUCCCUAAACUAAUGAUAGAAGCAAGACAAAAGGUUUAAUAAAAGAUAGUGCAGUCCCUAUAAAUCGAAAAUAGGGACCUCCAGUAGCAAAUGCCAAUGCACUACCACUUUGCCAAACAUACAUAUAUUUAGAAGCAGAUUAUAAAUGUAAUGUAAGUACUGCAGAUUUUUUCUUGAGAAAUAGAAUCGUAAAUGCUUUAUUGUUUAACCAAUUUUGAAUGCUAAUUAUAUGACAAUUAUCAUGAAUGAACAAACAUUUAAACUAUUUUAAUAUGUUGACAUUUUCGUACUCAGAAGUGUUAUUUUGCUUGUUUGAACAUUUUGUAUACAUUUUUUUUAAACUA